AUGGAGCCUCAUCACAACAUGACCAUCACCAGUGGUAACACCCACCUCGUUCUCAACCUCGUGCAAGAAAAUCCAGCCAUUGCUGGUGUAGCAACCAUUUGCAUAUCAAUACUUACCAUAGCCAUUCUAUUCGGCGCCUCCUCUUCGACUCACAAACAUGGCAACACGUCACCCCCAUCAUCGCCAGCCUACUGGUUUCCUUUCUUCGCUCACUGCUUCCAAUUCGUCUUCAACAAGAAAGCAUUCCUCGAACAGCUCAGGAAGAGCUAUCCCGAAGGCAUCUUUUCUCUCACACUGCUAGGGAAGAAGCACCACUUCGUUCACGAACCAUCCAUGCUGGCCAACGUUUGGAGCAGACCCAGGACCUCUGUUGAGGUGAACUGGCUUACCAUUCGUGUUCUUAGUAGAAGCUUUGGUCUUCAUAAGAAACACAAAGCUACGUAUGGCAAUCUUUCUCACGAGACACCUGAUCUAUACAAGCAUAUGCUAUCUGAGCCUGGUUUAAGCCAGUUUGUAGACUGCAUCGUGGAUCAGGUCAAGAUGCACAUUGCCGACUUUGUCACCUUUAACUCCUCGCCCGCUGAUCAAACUGACUGGGAGAGGUCAGCAAAAGCUGAUGUGGUUCAAAAUAGUAAAGGGGAGGCGUUUGUCGAGGCCGAUUUGAUGACGUUGGUUCGCAAUUUUGUUGCCAAAACUGCAAACGGUGGACUUUUCGGUACCGACUUUGUCGAGAACUUUCCAGAAUUCUGGGAAAUGAUGUGGAUGUUGGACGAUUGCCUCGUUCCGAUUGCUCUGGGCGUGCCAGGUUGGAUCCCAUGGCCGAAAAUGCAGCGCGCAAAGUUCGCCAGACGGCGAAUGAUUGCCCAGGCUCUCGAGUUUGAAGAAGCCAUGGAAAAGUACUUGGAUGGAGAGGACCCUGGAAUCAAAUGGCAGGACCUGGAAAAUGUCAGCACGCUUGUGAAGUCUCGCAUCCGCGUGUUUCGCGAACACGGUCUGCCAGCUGAUGCACGAGCCAGUUGCGAUAUUGCGUUGGCUUGGACCAUGAACGCCAAUGCAAACAUACUAGUUUCAUGGAUGCUUUUCGAGUUGUGCAGAGACCCAGUACUUCUGGAAACGGUCCGCGAAGAAAUCGCUCCCUAUGUCAAAGUGGUUCAGCCGCAAAAUGAAUUUGGUGACGCAGUCUGGGUUGCACCCGAGCUUGAGACGCUCGAUAUGGACGGUCUCAUCAACCAGUGUCCGACCCUCAAGGCUGCUUAUUUCGAAACUAUGCGCCGUUAUACUGGUAUUCACCAGGUCAGGUACUUGGUCGACGAUAUCGUCUUGGAAUCCAAGGGCGAGGCCAAGGAGUCGUAUCUUCUCCAAAAAGGCGGCAUGACUCACAUGGCACAUGAGUUGCAUCAGUUUGAUCCUGCAUACUUUCCUAAUCCUGAGGAAUGGCACCACGAUAGAUUUAUGAAAGAGACUACGGAUGAGGAAGGCCGAAAAAAGUACGUUGUGGAUUCGGGAACACUGAGGCCGUAUGGCGCUGGUCCGGGCAUGUGUAAAGGGCGUGCCGUCGCGCUUCGUGAAAUGCUCUAUUUCACGGGCAUGAUUCUUUCGUUUUAUGAUUUGGUACCCCCUGAGGGGACGAGCUGGGAGGAACCUAAGCUCUCGAAACGAGCCGUUACGAAACAACCGGCGAAACCUAUCAAGGUUUGGAUAAGGAGGAGAACCAUACAUACACAGAGUGCUGGGGAGAAGUCGUAG